AUGAAGAAACAAAUCAGUUUGGUGAUGAUCGCGGUGGUGAUGUUGUGUAGCCAAUGUUUGAUUAGCGUCGAAGCAAGACCGAUCGUCGAGCGUCGGAAUCUGCUCGCGAAUGGGCUUGGGAUGACUCCUCCCAUGGGUUGGAACACUUGGAAUCACUUUUAUUGCGAUAUCAACGAGACUAUAAUUAGAGAAUCAGCGGAUUCAUUGGUGUCUACUGGGCUUGCUAAACUUGGAUAUCGAUAUGUCAACAUAGAUGAUUGUUGGGCUGAGCAUGAUCGCGAUUCAACGGGUUAUAUGGUGCCAAAAAGGUUGACGUUUCCAUCAGGAAUCAAAGCUCUCGCGGAUUAUGUUCAUGGCAAGGGGCUUAAACUUGGUAUUUACUCGGACGCAGGGCACCAAACAUGCAGCCAGACGAUGCCAGGUUCGCUUGGUCAUGAGCAGAAAGAUGCUGAAACUUUUGCUUCAUGGGGCAUUGAUUACCUCAAGUACGAUAAUUGUAACAAUGAUGAUUUGAAACCGAUGAAGCGGUAUCCUGAGAUGACUCGAGCUCUGAUGAGAACAGGCAGACCAAUUUUUGUCUCUCUAUGUGAAUGGGGAGACAUGCACCCGGCUCUUUGGGCUGACAAGUUGGGGAAUAGUUGGAGAACAACUUUCGACAUAAACGAUUCAUGGGAAAGUAUGGUCUCGAGGGCAGAUCAGAAUGAAGUUUACGCUGAGCAUGCAAGGCCCGGCGGUUGGAAUGAUCCAGACAUGCUCGAAGUUGGAAAUGGUGGUAUGAGUAACGAUGAGUACAUCGUGCACUUCAGCCUCUGGGCUGCUUCCAAGGCUCCUCUUAUUAUCGGUUGUGAUGUAAGGAGCAUGAACAAGGAAACCUUGGCUAUCCUUGGUAACGAUGAAGUGAUUGCUGUAAACCAAGAUCCUCUCGGUGUUCAAGCUAAGAAGGUGCGAAUGUAUGGAGAUUCCGAGGUUUGGGCAGGACCUCUCUCUGGAUACAGAACUGUAGUCGUUCUGUUGAACCGUUCCCCUGAAUUCAGAACCAUCACAGCCCAAUGGGAUGACAUCGGUCUUCCACCAAACACGGUUGUGGAAGUCAGAGAUCUUUGGAAGCAUGCGACACUGGAGAAGAGGUUCGUGAACGAAUUGACAGCCGACGUGCACCACCAUGCCUGCAAGAUGUUUCUGUUGACGCCUCUUACACUAUCAGAGGAAGAACCGAAACCCACGUUUGAUUGGCGUAGAAAGAUCGAUUGUCGAGCGUCGGAAUCUGCUUGCGUAUGCGAGCGUCAGAACCUGCUCGCGAAUGCGAGCGUCUAUUCGCGAAUGCGAGCAUCGGAAUCUACUCGCGAAUGGGCUUGGGAUGACUCUGGGGCUCCUCUUAUUAUCGGUUGUGAUGUAUGGAGCAUGACCAAGGAAACCUUGGCUAACCAUGGCAACAAGGAAGUGAUUGAUAUCCUCUCGGUGUUCAAGCGAAGAAGGUGCGAAUGGAUGGAGAUCACGAGAACCAUCGUAGCCCAAUGGGACGACAUCGGUCUUCCACCAAACAUGGUUGUGGAAGUCAGAGAUCUUUGGAAGCAUGUGACACUGGAGAAGAGGUUUGUGAACGAACUGAGAGCACCACCAUGCCUGCAAGAUGUUCCUGUUGAUGCCUCUUACACUAUCGAAAGAGAAUGA